AUGGCCGACAAUAACGCCCCAGUUACGCUGCGAACGCGCAAAUUCAUUCGCAACCCUCUCCUCGGCCGAAGACAAAUGGUCGUUGACAUCCUCCACCCAAACCGUGCCAACAUCUCCAAGGAUGAGCUCAGAGGCAAGCUCGCCGAACUCUACAAGGCAAGCCAAGACCAAGUUAACGUUUUCGGUCUCCGCACCCAAUUCGGUGGUGGAAAGACUACCGGAUUCGCACUCGUCUACGACUCACCAGAGGCAAUGAAGAAGUUCGAACCCCACUACAGAUUGGUCCGUGUUGGAUUUGCUACAAAGAUCGAGAAGGCCAGCAGACAACAACGCAAACAACGCAAGAACAGACAAAAGACACUCAGAGGUACUGCGAAGGUCAAGGGUGCUAAGAAGAAGAAGGAGUAG